GCCCUAAUCAACGAACUCAACCACCUGCGCACCAUCGCCAAAGACCUCCUCUUCUCCGGCACAUACAUCUACCCCAUAAAAGGAAUCAUCUACACCCUGCACCACAAACCCCUGUGGAACCCAAUCCUGUCUCGCUCCGCCAAAACCCUAACCCUGGGCCUAGGCAUCACGACCACAAUGUUCUUCUUCACCUACCUGCCGCAAGUCGCUCUGCUGAGCUUCACCUCGGGCCCAUUCCUCGCCCCCUUCUCCGCCGCGCUCCUCGUGCUCUCGGAAUCCUCCACCAUCACCACCUUCCUGGCGCGGUCGUUCCUCCUCGCCGACGCGAUCACGGAUACCUUUGACGCGACGCUGCUGGAGCGCGGUGAGGAUGCGCUCGUUGCGCGCGAGCGUGCUGUUGCUGUUCCGCCGGCUUCUGGUGCCUCUUCUGGGGGAUCGGGAGGGGCGGCUCGGUUGGGCAGUCGGCUGAAGCACCCUGUUGAGAAGCUGUCGCCGCAGGUGUUGCUUAGGUCCGUCAUGUAUCUUCCCUUGAACUUUGUGCCGGUUGUUGGGACGGUCGCGUAUAUUUAUGUGCAGGGGAAGCGCGUCGGGCCUGUUGCGCAUGGGCGGUAUUUUCAGUUGAAGGGGUGGGGGAGGAAGGAGAGGGAGGCUUGGGUUGAGGGGGAGAGGAGGAGGGGUGCUUAUACUGCGUUUGGCAUGGCUGCGUUUGCCCUCGAAAUGAUCCCCUUCGCUUCGAUCGUGAUGGCUUUUACGAAUACCGUUGGUGCGGCGCUGUGGGCGGCCGAUUUGGAGAAGGCG